CUACUUCUGCUUUCAGGUAUUGUUAAAGACUUAAUCUUGGUCUCUAAAUUUGUAAAAAUUGUGUGUUUUGUGCACAGAGGCAUAUUUAGGUCAGUGUAACAUUACUAGAAACGUUUAUUAAAACAUGUACAGUAACAGCUUCAAAUACUGUACAUCCAUUUACUUCCACUGUUUAUACUUGUUUUUAGUUUAGCUUGUAUUUUUGCCUGAUCUAGUUUAACAGUAAAGCAGAACAGUACAGUAAAUGUUAUUUCUACAUGCUAUUAAUUCUACAUAAACAGUUAUUUAUUUCUACUGACUCCUUUUAACAGGAAUCUUUCACUCAACACUCACAACAAAUCGAUUACGAGGUUUUAACAUUACAGGAAACGGUAAUUGGACUGUUGCAAAUAAUACAUGCAAUGAGAGGAAUCAAUCACUUUUGACUAUCUAUGAUGAAGAGGACGUCACGUUUGUAAAAAGAUUGGUAGAUAACGAUGAGCUCAACGUCAACACGUGGCUCGGUCUGCAUAGGAAUCCUAACACUGUUUCCACUUGGUCAAACGGCUCACCUGUCAUAUUCAAUCAAUCCAGUGCUAAUGUAACAAAUGGGGAGCAAAGAUGUGAAGCUAUUCACAACAACAUGUGGAACGAUUCUAACUGUUCAGACAGAAAACACUUCAUGUGCCAGAAGGGUAGUGACUACAGCCUGAUAGAGAAUGAGUUGAACUGGUGUCAGGCACGAGACUACUGCAAAAAACACUUUCAGUCCGACUUGGUCAGCAUCAGUAACGAGACACAAAACAAUGAAGUGAUUAGUAAAGGGCAGAAGAAGACAUUUUGGAUUGGACUCAUGCAUGAUGAAUGGAAGUGGGAGGACAACGGCUGCUCAACAUACAGAGAAUGGGGGGAACCCUCCAAUUGGCAAUCCUCCAAUUACACUGUACAAAGAGAUGAACGAAUUCAACAACUGGGUUAUACAAAUAAUGCCAAUAUAGUCUGCUCCACAGGUGCUGUAAGAAUCAAAGUCAUAAACUUAGAUUUCACAUGGGAGCAGGCCUACGACUACUGCAUGGCUAACCACACACGCCUGCUGCAGAUUGAAGAUCAACACGACCAGGAAUCUGUUAAGCAAUGGCUAAAUGGCACAGAUUCAAACAAUACAUUCUGGAUCGGACUGAGGCAGAGCCGUGUCUUUGGGUUCUGGAUUUGGGCUGACAAACCAGUGGAUUACGACCAGUGGGUGAACGACACGAUACCUGAGAUGCCCAGGUCAAAGAACUGUGGAGUCAUCAAAACAGAGGACUACAAGUGGCGUGAUGAAAACUGUUGGUCCCCCCACCCGUUCCUUUGUGAGGAGGACAUACAUGUCAUACACAGAUAAGCGGAACUGACUAGAUUGUAAAGCAGAAUUAAACUGGGCUAAUACAUCAUCACUGUGAAUGAAACACAGCAGCACAUUAUUUGUCUUUUUUUUAUAUAGUUAUAGUUAGUUGUUAAAAACAAUGUUUGGGGUAGAUUUACAAUAUGUGGCUGUACUGUAUGUUUCCUUUUGGUGUGUGUGGGGAAAGUCUCUCUUUCUAAACUGUGUGUAUUUGUUUUUAUUCAAUUUCACCUGAGGCCAAAUACACUUGUGAUUUUUGCAGAUGCAUAUUUUAGUUUUCCUUCUUAUUGAGUCUUUUAUACUGUACAUACAAGAACAUUAGAAUGAAAUACAAAUGACACCUACAGAAAUGCACAAAAUAGACCAAGAAGAAAAAACAGCUAUUUACACUGGAGGAGACUCCAGUACUGGGAGUAAAUAAUGAAGCAAAGAGCGGAAGGGAAAGGUCUGAAGCUAGAAAUCAGGAAGACUGGACAACA